UACACAGAGGGCAACUGAGGUAUCAAGUUCCGUUUGAGUCAGAGCAGUCAGUGAUUCAUAGGGAGAUAGUUAUUGUGGUACAAUGUAAGAAUGGCUGCUGCCGCCACAAUGCUCUCCAUACAGGGGGACUGGGACCAGGUCCUGAGGGAGGCUGAGGGGGAAGUCUGGGUAUCGUGCAAGAUUCCUGGAAAGCCCACGAUACGCGGCAGCCUGACGUCAAAGGGAAUAAGUUCUGAUGAGGUUCCGGAAGUGACCGCCUCCGAGGAGUUUGUUGUGCAGGAAGUCACCAAGAAUAGAAUCCCUGUUUCCUGCCCCGGGGAGAAUAUUUCCAGCACAUUUCUGUCUCCUUAUGCAAGUUUCUCCCACAUCCAUGAAAAAAACGUCAGCUACUUGGACAUCUCCAGCGGAGGGGACCUGGGAGUCUCCAGCAGCACAGAUCAGACCUUUAAGGUGUGGGAGACCCAUAAUACAGAAGUAAAGAGCGUGCUGGAAGGUCACACAAGGGACGUCUUUUCCUGCAAGUUCUUCCCUUCGGGGCAGGAGGUGCUGAGCGGCGGGUUGGAUUCGCUGGUGAAGGUCUGGUCCGUGAAUGAUGGAAGCUGCUUAGCGACGAUGAAAGGACACAGAGGAAGUAUCCUGGACAUAGCUGUUGUGGCCGAUGGACAGAAUGUCAUUUCCUCGGGGCAGGACGGCACGGCUCGGUUAUGGGACUCUGCCCAAGGCGCCUGCAUAGCUGUGGUCGAUGACUCCUACUCUCCUAUCAACGCCAUCGCUGUGGCCGAGGUUGGAAACGCAGUCAAUCUGGGCUCUCCCAAGGAAACUCCUAGUAACAGGGAAGUAGGAACAGAAGGCAAGCUGGUGGUACUGGCCCGAGAGGAUAAGUCAUUGGAGGGAGUGAGCCUGCACAGCCGCCAAUCACGAUGGAAAAAGGGGUUCUUCUGCGCCACCGGGAAACCGCCCCAAAAUCUCCGCCGUAAUCACUUCCCAGAAACAAGCUGACGCCAAAUGUGGGAAAGAGAGCG